GGUAUAUGAUGUAUAGAGCAGUGUUACAGAAAUCUAUCAAAGUGCCAGGUGGUAGACGUCGUCGUCACAUUUCCCACGUGUCUACAGACCGGGUCUGGAUCAGUGAUAGUGAAGGCAAUCUUAUACUGACAAACACUAAAGGCAAAGAACUAGAUCGUGUGACAGAUAUAGGUAGUGGUUAUGGAGGACACACUGUGAACCGUGAGUGUGACCUAAUCUACAUAGACAGGGAGAAAAACAUCAAUAAACUGUCUUCAGAGAAUAAAGAAAAGACUACGAUAAAACAGUACAACACCGCACCAUGGAGACCACAGUGUGUCUACAGCUCCCCCUCCACUGGAGACCUGCUGGUCGGGAUGUAUAGACGUGAUGCAGAGACAGGCAAGAUAUUGCGGUAUAACUCCACAGGAGAAAACAUCCAGACCAUACAGAACGACAACACAGGUCAGGAACUGUAUAAAGAACCUAACUACAUCACAGAGAACCACAAUGGAGAUAUUAUUGUGUCUGACUGGUACCGUCUUGCUGUAGUGGUGACAGAUCGUGACGGUAGAUACCGUUUCUCUUACACAGGUCCUCCAUCAGGAUCACGACUACGGCCACUAGGAAUCUGUACGGACGCGCUGUCACACAUUCUGGUGUGUGAUUUUAUCACCCGGUCAGUACAGAUGUUAGAUAGUAAGGGUAACUAUCUGACAGAGAUACAGUCACAACAACACGGGAUAGACAGACCAUACGGCCUGAGUUAUAAUGAUGAUGACACACACCUACUGUGGGUAGGGUCAUGGAACAACAACACAGUCAACAUAUACAGAGUGGUAGAUACAGACUCUCUGACUGGCCUUCCUCUGGAGAAUGUAAUUUGUAACAGACAUCCUAGAGGUGCGUGUUCAAAGUUCUGUAUGCAGUGUGAGGUUCCCUUGUGUGAGGAAUGUGUCACCUCUACUGAUCAUGGAAGACACAAUAUUAAAGACGUAGAGAUGAUGUUUAAUGCAAUUCACAAGAAAAAAGACCUAGAUGCAGUUUUAAAGUGCCUUCUACUUUGUCAUUCAUGCAAAAUAAAUCUGAAUGAAGAACAGUGGAAGAAAAAGUUUUAUACUGUUGCCAAAUUUUCCAAAUUUAAAAAGAUAAAAAAGGAAUCCAUUCUUGUCAGUUUAGAUGAAUACGAACCAAUUUUGCAACAAAAAGAUUAUGAAGUCAUGUUUUCUUGCGAAUUGUUCAGACACACCAGUUUUCUUCGAUUUGCAAGAGAUCCACAAUUUGUAGAUAUAUUUCUAACUUGGGCAGACAAAGACAACAUAGCUGAGUACUGUAGAUCCUGGGCUUAUCCAAAGAAAGAAAAUGAAGUUUUUUGCUGGUUAUCACCACAACAAACAGAACGGUUGAUAGAAAAACUUGGAAAGGAUAUUUUCACCCACCCUACAUGGCAGGAUACAUCUAUACAUGAUGCUGCAUUUAGCAAAUUUGGCAUACCAAUGCAGGUCAUAAUGAGGGGGGAGAACUCAGUAAAGGUUUUCAUUGAAAAUCUGAAGAAAGGAGAAAGGACUAUGUACCACACCUCUGGGAUGAUAAUUGGUUGUGCUGGUAGUGGGAAAACAACAUUGUUAGAGAGAUUAAAGGGAAUAAGUGUGAAGAAGGUUAAAAAAUAUGUGAAAUCUACGAGAGGGAUAGAGCUUCAAUCUGACAUUUUCGAUGUAUCAGACACAAUCAAAGUGAAGCUGUCAAAUCGAAAACAACGCUUCAAGGUUAAAAUUGAUGAAAUAACACGGCACCGUAAAGUUCCAGAAACUCCUUUAAAUGCUGACAGGAAAACUCUAGAUAUUAAUGAGCAAAAGGAUAAAAAAAUCAGUGGAACCGAACAAUUCAACAGAAAUGAAGCAACUGUAUUUACUAAAACGGAAGAAUAUGAAAAUGUUGUUAAAGGUUUAGAAAGUUUGGGAAUUUUACCAGUUUUAAAACAUGUCUCACCUGACAUUGAAAAAAAAAUCACUAUGGUAGACUUUGCGGGACAGUGUUCAUAUUAUGCCUCACACCAGAUUUUUCUGAGUCCGCGGGCAUUCUUCAUUCUGGUUCUGAAUAUGGAGAAGAAGUUCGAUGAUAAGGUUGGAGAAGAAGUGUGUUGUCAGGAAGGCUCCAUUUACAAAGGAUGGACUCACAGAGGUUUGCGACUACUGUAUACAUAA